UUUGAUACAUUUAGACUUCUUGUUCGUUAUUAUUUUAUUUCCCUUUGGAUUUAGGAAAAAGCUGAUUCAUCACAAUUAAAUAUCCUAGACCGGUCAAUAUUCAAAAGAUUUUUUGACUGAAGAUAAUCUUUGACUUCUUGAAACUAGAGAGCCUAUUAUAGGCUCUACUUGAAAGUCUUGAAACCAGCCACGUAGUUUUUUGUCAGUAACUUGAGCUCGCCUUUCAUAUAGAUGUUGAGGUAUUCGAAGCGAAAGCUCAGGAUGAUGCUUUAAGAAGGCUUCGAACCAGUGCCUACCUGGUCUACCCUUAGUGAACGGAUUAUUCCAUAUAGUCACAUGGAAUAAUCGAAAUUGCGUCAAACAAUUUCAUCCUACAUUGUAUUGUCAAUGUUAUAAGAUGGCUAAGUCAGAAAUUAACAUAUUACAAGAGCUGUUGGUUAAACAAGGAUCUGUACCUAUUUAUAGUUUUUCCGAAAAAAAAAAUGAUUACCAAACACAAUUUAUAUGUGACGUGAUUUGUAAACAAAUGAUAACAUCUGGUACAGGAAGAAGCAAAAAAGAAGCCAAGCAUAAUGCUGCAAGAAACAUGUUAUCACUAUUGGCUACAAAUAAUCUAAUUUUGUUACCAGUAGUUACUUCAUCAAUUACAAAUGUACCACAAAACUCUGCAAAAGUUGACUACACUCCAAAUAAAGAUGAAUCACAAAACUCUGCAAAAGUCAACUACACUCCAAAUGAACAUGUAUUACAAAAUCCUACAACAGUUUACAAUACUCCAAAUGAUCAAAUACUACAAAAUUCUGCAAAAGUCUUCAACACUCCAAAUGAGCACAUACCACAAAACUCUGUAAAAGUUUCUGACACUCCAGAUGAAUACUUCAAUAAUUACAUUGGAAUGUUGCAAGAGUUUUGGAAAAAACAAAUACCAACACAAAACCUUCAGUAUAAACUUCUCUAUGAGGAUGGAUUAUCUCACUCGAAAAUAUUUGUUAUAGAAGUCAGCUUGGGAUCACUAUGUGAAACAGGCUCGGCAAAUUCUAAGAAGACUGCUAAACAAAACGCUGCAAAAAAAAUGCUACAACGUCUGAAUCCAGAUAUAAUAUUUAAUAAAAAUACACAUAAGAUCGAUAUGCAUGAUAAGAAGAUACUUAAGAAUAAAUUAGAAGAAUUAAAUACCAAAAUAAUAGAAUGUGCUAACAUUAAAGAAGAUACUUCAUCAGAGGACAAGAAACGAUCAGAAGAAGCAACGUUGCUCUAUCUGAAAUCUACUCAAGGAAUCAAUAGUGGCACCAACGUUCAUUUUCGAGCUGCGGGAACUACGUACCACGAGAGCGAGCGAGACAGCGAGAAAAAAAUUAACGACGACGUAAAAAUAUUCCCUGAAUAA